CAACUUGGUUGUUUCCACCUCCACAUCAUCGGCGCCCUUUCGCUUUUUUUUUUGCGAUCAGGAUUUCCAUCCAACAGAGAGUCUUCGAUUCUCUACCACAUUCUUUUGGAACCACAGCGGUGUCACUCUUUUAGAAAUUCGGAUCAGGCUGUUGUCUAGUACAGACGCCCAUCCAGACCAGCAGCAAGCAUUCACUUUCCUGUAAAUAAAAGCCGUUACACAAACACCAGAAACCCUGUCCUCGACAACAUCAUUCCGCUUCAAAAACAGCGAAAAUGAAGGGAGUUAUUGGACUCGCCCUCGCGGCCGCCGUUUCCGGUGUCGUCGCCCAGCCUCACAACCACCACGGUCACCACCACGCCAAGAAGCACGCUCACGCCGGUAUUGACAAGCGCGCCGAUGGUACUGUCGUGGUCACCGAGGUCGUUCAGGGCCCCACUGUCGUCGAGUAUGUCCUAGACGGCAAGAAGGUCGAUGCCAAUGAGGCGGAGAAGGGCAUCAAGGAGGGUGAUUAUGUCGUCCUUGGCUCAUCCAAGCCUUCGUUCGUCGCCCCCCCGCCCGUUGUCUCGACCUCGAAGGCUAGCAUCCCUGGCGGUGCCCUGUUUCUCGAGCUGACUAGCUCUAUGUCCACGUCCACGUCUACGUCCACGUCUACCUCAUCGUCCACCACUUCGAGCACCCCGACCACCUCCUCGAGCCCCAUUCCCAGCUCGACCUCCAGCGAGCCCCCCGCUGCCACCUCGUCGGCGGCUUCUGAGAACCUCUCUGGCGGUGGACUUGACAGCGAGUUCCCCAGCGGUAAGAUCAGAUGCGAUCAUUUUCCCAGCGAUUACGGCGCCCUCGGCGUUGACUGGCUCAACUUGUCUGGAUGGACCACUCUUGCCAAGGUUGGCAAGCUCAUGAAGGGCGUGGCCAUCAACAACUACGAGCAGCCAAUCAGCGGCCCAUGCCAGCCGGGCAUGCUGUGCUCGUAUGCCUGCCCUCCGGGCUACCAGAAGACUCAGUGGCCUGAGGACUCCCAAGGUGCCACUGGUCAGUCUAUCGGUGGUCUCUACUGCAACAGCGACGGCUUCCUUGAGCUCACGCGUGCGAGCCACCCCACCCUUUGCGAGCAGGGUGCCGGCGGUGUUUAUGUCAAGAACAUGCUCCCCAAGAGCGCUGCCAUCUGCCGUACCGACUAUCCCGGCAACGAGGCCAUGGUCAUUCCUCUCGAGACCAACCCCGGCGGCCAGUACCCUCUCACCAACCCUGUGUCUUCUUCCUACUACAAGUGGAAGGGCCAGUCCACCACCGCUCAGUACUAUGUCAACAACAUGGGCAUUCCUGUCGACGAUGCUUGCACCUGGAAUUCCAAGUCCUGCCCCGACUGCGCCGGUAACUGGGCGCCUGUCAACGUUGGUGUUGGCAAGAGUGACGAUGGCAUUACUUAUAUCUCCAUCUUCCCCAACGCCCCCACUACCGACGCCAUCCUCAACUUCGACAUGGAGAUCCAGGGUGAUAUUUCUGGAGAGUGCUGGCUCAAGAACGGCAAAUACUCUGGCAGCAAUGGCUGCACGGUUGGCCUCAGUGAGGGUGGCACUGCUACCGUUGUCCUUAAGCCCCGUGGCGAUUAAAUGUGGUCAGUAUGAAGAUGUGAUGAGACGUGAAAUGGGUUUGGGUGGUUUACAUAUAUAUGUAUAUGCUGGAUUUCUUUACCUCGUCGUUCUGCGCCAGCCUAGGCAGCAGAGUGACCGGGGUCCUUUUAUAUCAUCACUUUGGGGAGGUUUUUAUUCGUUUUUGGGCCCGGCCAGCCUUGACAAUCUAGAAAGAGGGUAGGGCUAUAGAGAGUCUCGCCGAAUUUGGGUGACAGUUCUUCAUAAUCUUAGAUGUGUAUAUUUGCUACUUGCUGGUUGGGCAUUUUGGAUGGAUGGAGACAUGAGACUUGGGUACGUAGUUAGAAGACCAGAAGCUUUUGACGGCUCACCCGGCUCAGCUCCAUGCAGCGUACGAUGUAGUGUACUUGAGGGAGGCAAAGCAAUGAAGUUCUGAUUUUGAUCGCGA